GGGGCAGUGUCUGGUCAUUAGACUGUCAGAGAGGCUUGGGGAUAUGACUUCAUUGUCUGCAUGUGUGCUGCCCAGAAAUUCACACACGCACAGUCCUGCACACAAGGUGCUCAAUUUUCUGUUUGUUUUGUGUUAAGGGGUGGAUUUUGAAGAAGACAGUCGCUGAUCUACCAAACUAGUUGGAACUGCACAGUUGAACUGAUUCUUUGAUCCGAGCUGCUGUGCCCCUGAGCAACUCGGCUAUACCCCACACCGUUUGAAAAACCUGUCGUCAGCCAGUACGAAGGACAGUGCAUUGUAUGAACGCGCUGUGUAACUGGACCGACUUCUCAGGCAGAAAGGGGACCAAUAAUAGGCGCCUAAACACUGCAGCGUCAACAGCUAUCGCGCCCGUUUUGCUGAGCAGUUGCCGUGGAGACCUGGCCCCCGGACUGUGCGGAAGGAUGCGAGCGAGCUGGAGACUGACGGGCAGAGAGGGAUUCCGCCUGGUCCUUUACUGCGCGCUCAUGUUCCUCAAGGUGGACGCGGGCAAACCUGAGCAAGACAAGCAGUCGGACGCCUUUUGCGUGUUCCAGGAUAAGAAGUACCGCUUGGGUGAGAGAUGGCACCCUUACCUGGAGCCCUAUGGAUUCGUGUAUUGUAUAACCUGUCUCUGUUUGGAGAAUGGACACGUGGCCUGCAAUCGAGUGAAAUGCCCAAAUAUCCACUGCUCCAGCCCAGUGACAGUCCCACAGCAGUGCUGUCCUCACUGCGUGCCAGAUGAGCAUCAUAUUCCAGCAGCUGCUAAAAUCGUUGGGAAAUCCUGUGAAUACAACGGCACCAGCUAUCAGCAUGGAGAGAUGUUCGUGGCUGAGGGGCUAUUUCUGUCUCGGCACCCAAACCAGUGUGCCCAAUGCAGCUGCUCGGAAGGAAAUGUGUACUGUGGCUUGAGGACAUGCCCAAAGCUGACCUGUCCAUUCCCAAUAACUGUUCCUGAUUCUUGCUGCCAAGUUUGCAGAGGAGAAGGAGACUCAUCGUGGGACACAGCAGGUGCAGAAAUAUUUCGGCCACCAUCCAACAGGGAAGCAAGACAUUCAUACCAGAGGACUCAAUACGAAUCAUGGGGAGGUUCUGCAAGCUCUAGUGCCAAUUUACCCAGAAUUUCCAACUCGAGGAUUCAUCAAGGCUUGCUAACAGAUCCGCAACAAGGGUCUGGUACUAUUGUGCAAAUAGUGAUUGACAAUAAGCACAGACAUGGCAGAGUUUGUGUUUCAAAUGGGAAAACCUACUCUCAUGGAGAAUCCUGGCAUCCAGUCUUGCGUCUAUUUGGACUAAUGGAAUGUGUGCUGUGUACUUGCAACAUAAGCAAACAGGAGUGUAAGAAGAUCCAUUGUCCUGAUCCCUACCCAUGUAAAUACCCACAGAAAAUCAACGGAAAAUGUUGCAAAGUUUGUCCAGCACCAGAAGUACCAGACUUUUCACAAGAUGGCAGUAAGGAAGUAGAAUGCGAUGAAGAGACUGUUCUUGUUUAUGAAUCACUCUUGACCCAGGAAACAGAUUCUCAGAAAAACAGCAAGAAAAUUGCUAUAGAGAUUGACAAUCUUCCAGAUGUAGAAAUCCAUGUCUGGCCUCUAGUUAAAGGUGUUCUACACCAUUUUCACGUGGAAAAAAUAUCAAGAAGAGACUUUGAAAAACAAGUUAACCUUGGAUCUUUUAAACCACUCACACGGACUACUCAGAGUCGAUGGAAAAUUUUCAAAGAGGGAGAAGCUCGAAUCAGCCAGUUUUGUAUGGACCAAGAGUGCAAAACAGAGUUGGAAGACUUGCUUAAGGUUUUACAGCUGAACAAGCCAGAAAAGGAGCACUGCUGAAGUGGAGAAGCUCGCGAGGUGGGGAGGUGGGGGGAUGGUGUUGUCGGUGGUGAGGUACCAUAAUGUUAGAAGGGAAAAUUCAGUUCAUUGAAAACUGGUCUGUAGCUGGACUGCAGUGGGACUCUGGUGAUGAUUGAGAGCACCCCAGAACCAAAAUGUAUACAACAAAAAAAAAUGAAUAAAGAAAAAUCACUGUGUUAGCUUUCUUUAUUACAAGGAAGAGAGAGAAAAAAAAGUGCCUUCAGAGGCAAUAAAGAAUGGAGAGUGGUCCUAAUGUGUAUUUAUUUGUAUUAUAAAACACUAUUGAAAUUACUUACAUGAUCUUAAUUCUUAGGAUGCAAUUAGUCUGUCAAUGUAUGAAUAAUAUUCAAGUCACACAUAAUGCAUACUUUGGUUUUAUGUAAAAUUUCUUUCUUCAUCGUAUAAAUCUGCGGAAUAUGUUGACAUUACCCUUGAAGGUAUUUGUACUUUAU